CUCUUGCCCCGCCCACCCGAAAGUGGGUGAAAGGUCGGCGCUGCAGGCACUGUGGCUGGGGCUGUGGAGCAGGACGGGUUUGGAACAGACCGACACAGUGCCGGUGAGGUGGACGGACGGGCCAUGGCAGACGAAGCGAAGCCCAUCAGCCCGCUCAAGAACCUGCUGGCCGGCGGCUUUGGCGGCAUGUGCCUGGUAUUUGUGGGGCACCCGCUGGACACCGUCAAGGUCCGACUGCAGACACAGCCCCCGAGUUUGCCUGGACAGCCUCCCAUGUAUUCUGGGACCUUCGACUGCUUCCGGAAGACUCUUGUUAGAGAGGGCAUCACGGGGCUAUAUCGGGGCAUGGCUGCCCCCAUCAUUGGGGUCACCCCUAUGUUUGCUGUGUGCUUCUUUGGGUUUGGUUUGGGGAAGAAACUACAACAGAAAUGCCCAGAGGAUGUGCUUAGUUACCCCCAAAUAUUUGCAGCUGGGAUGUUAUCUGGUGUAUUCACCACAGGAAUUAUGACCCCUGGAGAACGGAUCAAGUGCUUGUUACAGAUUCAGGCUUCUUCAGGAGAAACCAAGUACCAUGGGGCCUUGGACUGUGCAAAGAAGGUAUACCAGGAAUCUGGGAUCCGAGGCAUCUACAAAGGGACAGUGCUCACCCUCAUGAGAGAUGUUCCAGCCAGCGGGAUGUAUUUCAUGACAUAUGAGUGGCUGAAAAAUAUCCUCACACCAGAGGGAAAGAGUGUCAGUGAGCUCAGUGUGCCUCGGAUCCUGGUGGCUGGGGGCAUCGCAGGGAUCUUCAACUGGGCUGUGGCAAUCCCCCCGGACGUGCUCAAGUCCCGCUUCCAGACUGCACCUCCUGGAAAAUAUCCUAAUGGUUUCAGAGAUGUACUGAGAGAGCUGAUCCAGAAUGAAGGAGUCACAUCCUUGUAUAAGGGGUUCAAUGCGGUGAUGAUCCGAGCCUUUCCAGCCAAUGCGGCCUGUUUCCUUGGCUUUGAAGUUGCCAUGAAGUUCCUUAAUUGGGCCACCCCCAACUUGUGAGGCUGAAGGCUGCUCAAGGCUUCUGGAUUGUGGAGGCUAUCACGAAGGAGGAGCGGUGGGCAGGACUAGGCAGUCCUAAAAGGCAAAGGGAGGGGAAUGGUGGGAUCAGAGCUCUGUACAUGGACUUGUUGAGACCAUUGCCUUAAUGACAUCUACCUGGUAUAACUUGGUGUGCCAUUUUGAAACUUGAAUUUACUCAUGUCAAUUUAAGGGAUCUCAAGAGGAUUUGGAGGUGGAGUAAGUAGCUUCUAGACCAGAUACCACCUAUGGUCAGAGAGCUAUCUACUGGUUGACUACAGGCCCUACUACACCCAAAAUACUACUCGAGAAAGGGAAUUUCAGCUUCUCACUGGAGACAUGAUGCAUGUUUUCAACCAGCUGAACAAGAGCUGGUGUUUUCUUCGAUCCCUACCCACCAGAUUUCCAGGGUAUCACUUAAUCCUGGCCUGCACAUGGGGAUGUGGACUUCAGGUCCACAUCUCUCUGUCCGGGUGGACUGAGCAAAUGUGCCUAGGGACAGGUAGCCUGUUAACAGUCAGGUUGAUUUUUCUUUUUAAAUGCAUACAAGCAAUCAAAACUAAAACUACAGUAGCCUAAUUUCCCAGGAGUAGAUGGAGAGCUUUCCCUCCUACACAGCAAGAAGGGUUUUGAAUUAACAGUCCUAGCCUGCUGAGAUAAGUGACAAAGCCUGGGGUGUAGGAAAGCCUCUUUUCACACACUCUUUUCUCAUGAGAGUGCCCUAUUUUAACAGGAAACAAUAAAUAUUGUUUCUAAUUUUU